GAAAGGCUGUCUGCCCCCACACAUUCUCCCUAGAGUUCCCUGAACCACAGAGAGGACCUCAGCUGACCAUGGAGGGCAAAGGCCCGCUGGCCACAUCUCCCGGGUGGCUGUCGCUGCUACUGCUGCUGCUACCACCACCCGGCCACCAGGGAGGGGCCCUGAGACAUGGUCUCUCCGCCCAGAGGAUCCAGGACCCCCCUGCUGUGCACCUCAGCAGUGGCUCAGGACAAGAGCCUAUCACCAUCAUGACUUUUGACUUCACCAAGAUCAGGAAAAGCUUUUCCUCCUUUGAGCUUCAAACCUGGGAUCCAGAGGGAGUGAUUUUUUACGGCGACACCAACCCAGAGGACGACUGGUUUGUGCUGGCACUUCGAGACGGCAGGUCCGAGAUCCAGCUGCACAAUCAGCUGACGCAGGUGACUGUGAGCGCUGGCCCCCGGCUGGACGAUGGCCGGUGGCACCAGGUGGAAGUGAGGGUCCUGGAGGACUCCCUCCUCCUGAGCGUGGAUGGGGAGGAGGUGCUGCGCCUGAGACAGGUGUCUGAGUCUCUGGCCAGCAAACCCCAGCCCAUCGUCAGGAUUGCCCUGGGGGGACUCCUGUUCCCCGCCUCCAGCCUCCGUUUGCCGCUGGUCCCUGCCCUUGACGGCUGCCUACGCCGGGGUACCUGGCUGGACCCGCAGGCCCAGACCUCGGGGUCUGUCCCUAUGAGGAGCCUCAAGAGCUGUGCCUUGCAGUCCCAACCUGGAAUGUUCUUCCCUCCAGGGACGCGUGCAGAAUUCAAUCUCCAAGACAUUCCCCAGCCUCAUGCAGAGCCCUGGGCCUUCUCUCUGGACCUGGGACUCCAGCAGGCAGCAGGCUCUGGCCACCUCCUUGCCCUUGGGACCCCAGAAAACCCUUCUCAGCUCAGCCUCCACCUCCAAGAUCAAAAGGUGGUGGUGUCCUCUGGGACAGGGCCCGACCUGGAUCUGCCCCUGGUCUUGGGACUCCCUCUUCAGCUGAAGCUGGCUGCGUCCGGGGUGGUCUUGAACCAGGGGUCUAAGAAGGAGAUCCUUGCUCUGCCCGCCUUGGACUUGGCCUCCCUCCUCAAGCUCUGGGUCUGGCCGCAGGGGCGCCUCUUCCUGGGGGCUCUGCCAGGAGAGACCUCUUCUGCCUCCUUUUGCUUGAAUGGCCUUUGGGCCCAAGGCCAGAAGCUGGACAUGGACCGGGCCCUGAGCAGAAGUGAGGAUAUCUGGACCCACAGCUGUCCCCAGGGCCCAAACAAUGGCACCGACACCACCCAUUAAAUCCCCACCUAAGAA